CGCGCGUGCGCGUGCCGGGGCGGUGGGCAGGAGGAGCGCAGCGAGUCGACACAUGGCGGUCACCCGGUAUCGGCGUCCGAGGAGGCAGGAGGAGUAGCGGCUGCGCCCAGGCAAACUGUCAGAGUAUGAAGGAGCACAGCAACAGCAAAUGCUGUAAAAGAUUCUUAAAAGCAAACCUUAGAGAACAACUGCGAUCCCACCACAGCAAAUGGAACCGAUUGGAAGGCUCGUUGUCCUCGCAAAGACAGUUUUAUUAUCAGCAGAAACAACGUCUAUGGUUGUCAAUCAGGAAAAAACGGGCCAAAUCUGCACUAAGGAAGGCCCUUCCAGAUUGUCAGCAGUGCGGGUCUCCAGAGAGCAUUGAAUGCAUGAGAGUGACACUCAAGAAAAAUCAUUGCUGGCUUGGGAGUCAAUGACACCCCAGUUGAGGAGGCAUGUACACCAGCAUCUUUGGCACCCCAUGAGGAAGUGGAGAGUAAGGGGUGUGAAAUUUGGAACAGCAGUACCGUAGCUCCAGAUUCUGACUGUGAAUCAACUAUUUUAUAUUGUAAACCUGUCUCAAGACAUCUAACUGAUCUACCUGCAAAGGUUACUUUCCCCAAGUCCGCACAGAGGAGAAAUAGUGGGCUUCAGGACAAUAUUAUAAAUCAGAAGCUAUCAAAUGGAUAUAAAAAAAUAGACUUCCAAACGAGCAGAGAUUUUGUUUCCAAUAAUUUACCUCGCAAGACAAAACGGCAGCUGAAAGGGCACAGAAUCUCUCUGCUCUAUAGGAAACCUUCCUCUCUCUUUAGUUUCCAUUGUAGAAUAUUAAAUUGUAAAAACAGGCGGAGAAGAGCUGCCAGUCAGAGAAAAGAGAAGCUAAGACGGACACAGUCUUUGGGUACUGUCUGUGUAAAUCCAAAAAGGACAGGCCAACGUUUGGAUAAAAUGGCGUGUGAUAUUUCUUCACAGCCAACUGCCAAAGGCAAAGAAUCCAACCAGAACAUGAACUUUUCUUCAGAUCAGAAUAGUGGUACAUUGGAGACAGCAAAGCAAGUUAAGAAUUUGUGCCUGGCUAAUUGCUGUGAAGUUUCAAAAAUGCCCCUUGAUGAAGGAAUGGACACUUUGCAAACUCAAAUGCCUCAUUUUGCUCAUUCAGCUGAACUUAAUAAUCAAAUGGCCAAUGAAAGCUCAGAAGUAGUGUGUUCCCGGGCAGGCCCUCUUGGGUUGGAUGCUUGUGUCAAUCAGCUCGUGGUCCCUGAUAAGUGGCCUAAGACUGAUGGAUCACCCCACUCGUUUGCUGCCUCACAGGAAGAUUUUUAAAUCAAACCCCAGUCUGUGACGGGGAGAUGCAGGUCAUCAAUGCUGUAACAGACUCUACUCCACUCUCAUGCAAUCACACCAGCGUUCCUGUGACUGAAAGCGGACAGUCUUUAUGUUGGCAUAGUGGUGAGCCAUGUCCUGUGCUUCAGCCGCAGCUGCUGGACCACAUUUACUAUAGAUCUUCAGAGGAACGUUCUGGCCGUGCAUUGGUGAGGACUGAGCAGCCAGCUCAUGGUCAGGCUGAGAAAGGGAAGGAGAAUGAAUCUCGAACCUGUUCUGUUGCCAGUGAACAAUUAAUAUCCUGUAUUCAUGCUUUCCUGGAUGAAUUUUUAAGAAAAUAUGGAAGCCUCAUCCCACUUACAGAGAGAGAUGUUCUGAUGAAGCUAGAGCAGAUCUUUCAUCAGGAUUUCCGUGACAGGAAGGUCUUCAUCAGGAUGGAAAUCCGAAAGUACCAGAAAGCACAGGUGAAUAAACCUGUGUCCAGUUUUCAAGUGGUUUACAACAAGCACGUUUUGACUUUGGAUGACCUGGCCACGCUUUAUGGAGAAAACUGGCUGAAUGACCAGGUAAUAAAUAUGUAUGGAGAAUUGAUUGUGGAUGCAGUGCCAGAUAAGGUUCACUUCUUCAAUAGCUUCUUUUACAAACAGCUUCAAACUAAAGGAUAUAAUGGAGUUAAGAGGUGGACGAAAAAGGUGGAUUUAUUCAGUAAAGCCCUAUUACUAAUCCCUAUACAUUUGGAAAUUCAUUGGUCACUAUUAACAGUUGAUCUUCCAAAUAGGAAAAUUUGUCUCUACGAUUCUCAAGGCAUCCAUUUUAAUUCCUGUGUUCAGAACAUUCUGAGAUAUUUAAAGACAGAAGCUGGUGAGCGAAAUCGGCCCACGUUCCUGGAAGGGUGGAAAGCUUUUGCCACAACGUGCAUUCCUCAGCAGAAAAAUGAUAGCGACUGUGGUGUGUUUGUGCUUCAGUACUGCAAGUGCCUGGCUCUAGGACGACCCUUUCAGUUUUCUCAAAAAGACAUGCCUGAAGUAAGAAAAUUGAUCUACAGAGAACUGUGUGAGUGCAAGCUUAUGGAGUGAGCAAAUAGAAUGAAGCUGACUGAAAUUCCUCACAGGAAAUUGCAUUCCGGCAGAUAGGUGUGGCCAAUGUUGUUUUGUAAUAUCUGGAAGGAGAAGAGGGACGAGGCUUGGAGGGAAGCACUGAAGGACCAAUAGCAGUGUUUACCUCCUUUCCAGAUGCAUGCAUGGCCCAAGCAUCUUCAGACUUGAUAAAAGCACAACUUUGCUUGAUUGCCCUGUUGCUGACAAAUUGCAUGUAGCAGUAGUCUAUAAAUUUAGACUUCCUUAUUGUCUCCAUAUUUCUGAGAACCUCUCUGAGUAAAGGAAGUAGUAAAAUUUACAUUAUCUUAGCAGGGAGAAAAUUGAAGUCUUAGUGUAGAAAUUGUCCCAGGUAUUAAAAAGUGAGAGCCCCUCUUCAUAUCCACAGGGGAGAUUUUUGCUGAUUCCAUGGAUGUUUCAUGACCAUUAGGUCAUUGUGUUGAGCUGCAGCAUGUUUAAAAGUGAAAAUAGUUUCAUUCAAAAAACAGUAAUUCUGCAGACUCAGUGCUGCAACUCUUACAUGUUUAACCCAAACCAUAUUCUUAUCUAAUUUUUGCCCACAUACAUGUACAUUGGGUUCCUCUGUGUAUCUUCUCCAUUUCAAUAGUGAAAUGAUGGAAUGGUUUUGCUAGAGUGGUAUAAUAAUCCAUUCUCAAAGUUGAUGUGCAAGUUUGCCUGGCUCAGUAAUGAUAGCAAAUCCUUCCUCUUUCUGGUUAAACAAAAUAGUAUUGUUUUGUAGUAUUUUACUUACUGCUGCUAACUUGAAAGUUUUACUCUGAAAGGUGAAGGAGCACAAAUGCAAUAUCCAGUUAUUGCAAACCGGGAUUUAGUAAACGUAACCUUUUUUUAAUUGAUUAUUUGAACUUGAUCAUUACUGGCAAGGUUAGCAUGGAUCCUCCUCUGGUUGUCUUAAGUAGGAAGAGGUUGGCUGUUUUGCACCCAUUGCAGUUUGAUAAACUGAGGGCACUUGAGUCAUACAAGGUACAGAACUGCAGUUGUGCACAGGUCAGACCAGCCAAGGGCAUGGUAGUUUUGUUUUAAAGGAUUAUCAAGAACUUUCAUCCUUAUUUUACUGAUUUAAGAAAAAAACUGAAUUCUAAUUCCUAAACUGUCAUAGUGGGAUUUGAUCACAGAAUUUUUAGUCCAUUUACACUAUUUCAGUUUUUCCUGUAAUAUGUUGUUUUAUUUUUGACAUGGUCAAAUUAUGUGAGAUAUAAUCUAAAACUGGCAUCUCAUUGACAUGAACUUUCUCAUCCUAAUUAAGAAUUAUAGAAAUUGAAUAAAGUGUGUGAGAGUGAGUAACAUUCUAAACAGUGAUCACUUUGAAAAUAGUGCAAAGUGUCAACUGCUAUCUUUGUACAAUGCUCAGAAUUGAUAAUGCAGCAAGGUUUCAGAUUUUACAACCUUACCAGUCUGCACUCUAACUCCAGAAUUAAAAGUAUUGUUUUCAUAUUCAAAUGCUUUGUAACAAUCAAUUCUCCCAAUUGUUUAAGAUUUAAGUCCAUUAAUGAUUAAAUGGCCUGGGUCUCAAGUAUAGCAGUCAGAAAUUGAUCUUUUGCUCACAUUUUAAUUCCAGAAACUUGCAUAUAGUUAAGAUUCGGGGAGUAAACAGCCUUUACUUUUCAUAAUCCAGGAAGGAAUGUUUAAAUCUGAAUUUCCAGAGUCCCUAUGGAGGCCACACCCAUGGAGUUGGUCUCUAGUAUUCAAUCUGCAUUCAGAGUUUAGCGAUGGCAAUGCAUCAUAUGGCCAGUUGAUAAAAUUGUUACAUUUAUAAACAUUAGUGCAAUAACAAAGUGUAAGGUAGAGAAUUUUUUUUAAACUCACAAAAGGUUGUAAUUAGUUCUAUGUUGUUAUGGAAUUGGACAAUAAAUAUUUGAGU